AUGUUUGAAUCAGCCUCAGCAGUGCUCGCCAUUGCUAUGAUGACUGCAGGGUAUUCUGUCGUCCUCUGUGCCACUCCCCCAAACCCAACCCCAGAGAAGAAACAUCGACACAGUAUAGAUCGCAUCAGCUUUGUUUCAGGAAAUUUCUCGACUAUUGCGCACGCAAUUUGCAUAACUAUUGUCACUUAUCAUGGGCUUCUCGUAGGGGUUGCCCAUUACACCCCUGCUCGCAUGUCGCAAAGUUGUCCGCUAGCCCGGAAUACCAACCCAGAGCUCUUCGCCUGGAAUUUCACAUCGGUCACCGCGCUCCUCUUGAUUUACGUCGGUACAUAUGUGCGCCUCUCAGCUUACGGCGGUCUCGGGAAAUGUUUCACAUUCCAUCUUGCCCCGCCACCUCAUUUGGUGACUACAGGAAUCUAUAGCUGGAUUCAGCAUCCCAGCUAUACAGGACUGGCAAUGCUAUGCCUGGGCGGUGCAAUGCUAUUCCUUCGAUGGGAUGCAACCCCGGCCUGCUGGAUUCCAGGGACGGUGUUGUCUCAACUAGAAGGAUUUGGGCUUGGCAUUAGUGUGGCACUUAUGGGAGGCGUCUUCUGGACCUUGGCAUUGAGAGUACGAGAUGAGGAAGAUAUGCUGAGGCAAAAGUUUGGGGGAGCAUGGGAGGACUGGCAUCGUUCAACGAAGAGAUUCAUUCCCGGUCUUUUUUGA